GAGGCUGAGCCAUUAACGACAGGGCUGGGGGAGAGAGCAGGACCGCAGCUGUUUUCAGGAACUUGCCCUGAAGGGGAGAGGAGAGACCAGUGAGGCCUGGUGGGUGCCUGGUCAGCAGCUCCAGCAUGGGGAAACUGAGACUCGGAAAAGUGAAGUAACUUGUCCAAGGUAACUGUGCAGGUGAGCACCAAGUUUGGCACUAUGACAGGGCUGGGUGCCUGGAGCCUGACCAGAGCCGCCCUGAUCGUCCUUCUGCUCCCUGGAAAGAACCCUAAGAAGCUCAAGACUAGAUCACAGAUGUGGGGCAGCUGAGCUCCCACCCAUCAGGCAAACCACCACUGAUCAGGAACGGUGAGAGGACCUGGGCUGGUCAGCCUGGAAAAGACUGGAGGGACCCAAACCGUAUCUGCAAAUCUCUGUCGGGCUGUCAGAAGGAACCUCUGGGUCCUGUGCAGCCUAGGCAGGAGCAAAGGGAUUGAAGUGGAAGUCACAAGGAGGCAAGUUUCAUCCUGAAAUAAGGAAGCACAAGCCGAGCUCUCCAACAAUGGAAACUCUUAUUUUGAGAGAUGAUGAGCUUCCCAUCUCCAGGGGCCUUGCGGAGUGUGGGCGCAUCAGCCUCUCACACCCCAUCGUCCGCCUGGGGGAUCCUGUCACAGCCUCCUGUGUCAUUGGCCAGAACUGCAACCACUUGGACCCGGAGUCAGAGAUUCUGUGGAAACUGGAAUCAGAGCUUCAACCUGGGGGGAAACAGCAGCGCCUACCCGAUGGGACCAGGAAGUCCACCAUUACCCUGCCGCAUCUCAACCACACUCAGGCGCAUCUCUCCUGCUGUCUGCUCUGGGGCAACAGCCUGCAGAUCAUUGACCAAGUUGAGCUGCAGGCAGGCUAUCCUCCCCCGACACCGUACAACCUGUCCUGCCUCAUGAACCUCACAAUCAACAGCUUCAUCUGCCAGUGGGAGCCAGGACCAGAACCGCAUCUGCCCACCAACUUCACCCUAAAGAGCAUCAAGAGCCGGGACAAUUGCCAGACCCAAGAGGAGCCCAUUCAGGAAUGCGUGCCUGAGGCUGGGCAGAGUCGCUGCGCCAUCCAACGCAAACACCUGCUGUUGUACCAGAGUCUGGUCAUCUGGGUGCAGGCAGAAAAUGCGCUGGGGACCAGCCAGUCCCCAAAGCUGUGCUUUCAUCCUAUGGACCUCGUGAAACUGGAGCCCCCCACACUGGAGGCCCUGGACCCCAGCCCUGAGGUGGCUCCAGCCCAGCCAGACUGUCUGUGGUUUCGCUGGGAGUCAUGGAAGCCAAGCCUGUUCAUGGAACAGAAGUGCGAGCUGCGCUACCAGCCACGGCUAAGAGAAGCCAGCUGGGCCCUGGUGGCCCCUUUGCCCUCCUGUACCCUCCACCACAAGCUCUGUGGCCUCCUCCCAGCCACAGCCUACACCCUGCAGAUGCGAUGCAUCCGCUGGCCCCUGCCAGGCCACUGGAGUGACUGGAGUCCCAGCCUGGAGCUGAACACCGCAGAACGGGCCCCCAUCAUCAGACUGGACACGUGGUGGCGGCAGAGGAAGCUGGACCCUAGAACUAUGGAUGUGCAGCUGUUCUGGAAGCCAAUGCACCUGGAGGAAAAUAGUGGGCGGAUCCAUGGGUAUCUGGUUUCCUGGAGACCCUCAAGCCAGGUUGGGGCAGUCCUAACCCUCUGCAAUACCACGGAGUUAACCUGCACCUUCCACUUGCCUUCAGAAGCCCAGGAGGUGGUCCUCGUGGCCUAUAACACAGGCGGGACCUCUCAUCCCGUCCCGGUGGUCUUCAUGGAGAGCAGAGGCCCACCGCUGGCCAGACUCCAUGCUGUGGCCCGAGAUCCUCACAGCCUCUGGGUGGGCUGGGAGCCUCCCAGCCCCCAGCCUCAGGCCUAUGUGAUUGAGUGGGGUCUAGGUCCUCCCAGCCCCAGUGGCAGCAAUAAAACCUGGAGGAUGGAACAUAAUGGGAGCAUCACAGGGACUUUGCUACAAGAGAACAUCAGGCCCUUUGAGCUGUAUGAGAUCACUGUGACCCCGCUGUACCAGGACACCACGGGACCCUCCCAGCACAUCUAUGCCUACUCCCAAGAGAAGGCCCCCUCCCGCGCUCCAGAGCUGCAUCUGAAGCACAUUGGCAAGACCUGGGCCCAGCUUGAGUGGGUGCCUGAGGCCCCUGAGCUGGGGAAGAGCCCCCUUACCCACUAUACCAUCUUCUGGACCAACACUCAGAAGCAGUCCUUCUCCACCGUCCUGAAUGCCUCUUCCUGGGGCUUUGUCCUCCAUGGCCUGGAGCCUGCCAGCUUGUAUCAUGUCCACCUCAUGGCCACCAGCCGGGCUGGAGCCACCAACAAUACAGGCCUCACCCUGAUGACCUUGGCCCUCGAGGAGUUCGAGGUGUACAUCCUCCUGGGUCUGUUUGGCCUUCUGCUCUUGCUCAUCUCUCUCUGUGGGGCUGCCUGGCUCUGCUGUAGUCCCAGCAGGAAGAAUCACCUCUGGCCAAGUGUCCCAGACCCAGCCCACAGCAGCCUGAGUGCCUGGGUGCCCACCAUCAUGGCAGAGGAGACCUUCCAGCUGCCAAGCCUUCGGGACCCCGGAAUGCCCCCCAUAGCCAAGAUCACGGUGCUGGAGGAGGAAGAGAAGAAGCCAGGGCCCUGGGAGUCCAGUGACACCUCGGGGACCUGUGGCCUCCCGACCCUGGUCCAGGCCUAUGUGCUCCAGGGGGGACCAAGAGAAGCUUCCACCCAGCCCCAGCCCCAGUCUAGCACCAGUGACCAGGUCCUUUAUGGGCAGGUGCUGGGCAGCCCCACAAGCCCAGGGCCAGGGCACUACCUCCGCUGCGACUCCACACAACCUCUAUUAGGGGAGCUCACUCCCAGCCCCAAGUCCUAUGAGAACGUCUGGUUCCAGACCAGCCCUCUGGGGGCCCCAGUACCCCCAUCCCCAAGCCAGGAGGACGAUUGUAUCUUUGGGCCACUGCUCGACUUUCCCCUGCUACAGGGGCUCCGGGUCCAUGGGAUGGAGGGGACGGGAGGCUUCUAGGGCUUCCUGGGACUGCCCCAUCUGGGCCUGCCCCCGGAAGGGCCUGGGCUGUGUAGAAGAGGGGUUCAGGUCAUUAAGCUAAAAACCACCCUAGCCCCAGAAAUGCCAGAGGCUCCUCCCGGUCUCCCCUGUCCCUGAUCCCCAUCACCCCUUCCCUCAUAUCCUGUCUCUGUGAACUGGGCCUCCCAGGCAACCUGUACACUUUAAGAAUGUGUAGCCCUGCCCACUAGCCUUUUGUACUUGUUUCCUGUAAUUUUGGUCUCUUAAACCGGUUGUUUUUUGUUUUGUUUUGUUUUUGUUUUUGUUUUGUUUUGUUGAGGAAAUCUUGAGUGUGCCUGAGUCUCUUUUCUUUUUAUUUUCAGGACCCUAGCAGUCAGGGUGGGGGCAGUAGUGGUUCAGUGGUAGAAUUCUCACCUUCCAUACGGGAGACCUGUGUUCACUUCCCGGCCAGUGCACCUCAUAUGCAGCCAUCACCCAUCUGUCAAGUAGAGGUUUUGUGUUGCUAUGAUGCUGAACAGGUUUCAGUAGAGCUUCCAGACUAAGACAGGCUAGGAAGAAAGGCCUGGUGAUCAACUUCAAAAAUCAGCCAAUGAAAACACUAUGGAUCACAUGGUCUGAUAUGCAAACAACCAAGGGGGUGGCGCAAGUCCAGGCAGUGUUUCGUUCCAUUGAGCAUGAAGUCGCCAUCAGUCAGGGACCAACUCAAUGGCAGCAAGUAACAACAGCAGUCAGAAUUGUUCAUUCAUUUCUUUAGUCAUUCAUUCAACCAACCCUCACCUAGCAUCUAGGCCCUGUACCGGCAGCAGAGAUUUAGAAAUGACUCUCUUCAGCGGACCCUCAGUGAGUUCCCAUUCUAAUGGCGGAGACUGGAACACUGAUAAUUAGAGCAUAGUGGCAAGGGUUACAUGGAGGGUAUCACAGAGUGCAAUGGGACGGGGUGAACAGACCUCAGAAAAGAUCAACCCCUCAUUUCACAAAUGUUAGUAAUUACAGCUAAUUGAAUGCUCACUGUAUACUAGGUGCUUUGCACACAACUACCUCAUUUCAUCUUCCCAACAGCCUAAAAUAUUGAUACUAGUAUCCCCAUAUUUGAUGGAUAGGUACACUUAGGCCCAGAGAGGUUGCCUGACUUGCCCACAAGGUCACACAGUGAGUAAUAUGGCUGCACUACAAUUCCAGCCCUUGGCUGUCUGAUUCCAAAGUCAGCGAUCUCAAGCACCAGGCUACAAGGCUGCCAGAGAAGGAGGCUGAAACCCAGUAGUUCGCACAGGGCCCCAUCCUGGACUUUGUUACUAAGGAGGAAAAUACUAGGUUGGGAGAGAAAAAAGCUGGGCCACGCUGAUGGAAGCUCCCAAAAUAACUAGGACUAGAGGCCAGGAAUGUAGGGAGGGAUUAAUGACAGUAUACAUGCCCAAGAAAAAGUAGCAUUUUAGUAUUUACACGUUACCGCGCACCAACUAACAACCA